UUUUUAUAUUGCCCACACCUGUUACUUGCCCCAGGUACAUCAUCUACAAGAGACCGGAAGACCCACAACGAAAAAUACAGCACUGAGGGUUUGGAAUAUAUUUACAUUGAUUCAACUGGGAAGAAGAAGGAGACCUCUAAAGAUCACAAUAAGCUCAUCAACAAUCCUGACGGUGUCCUGGCAAACACACUGAAGCACAUUUUUAAACCAAACAUACAAUUGCCCAAAGACUUUGGAUUCAUCACCUACAACGAUCAACCUCCAGAUGGAAAGGGUGCUGGCUGUAAUUUCGGUCACAGUAAAGGAGUUGUGAUGAUGGAUAAAACCACAGGAGUCUGGCUCUCACACAGCACACCACGAUUCCCUUUCACAAGAGAUCAAAAUGAUUUCUACCCUGACAGUGGAGCAGCGAAUGCUCAGACAUUUAUCUGUGUAACAUUCAAGUACGACCAGUUCAACAAGAUAGGUCAACACCUGCUGGACAUCAGAGCUUUCCCGUUUGAUCAUCAAAUUCCAAAAGACACCAAUGCCAACUUCCAUAGAGUUAUACAGGUUACAGAGAAGAACAAUUCACCAGGAGGAGGGAAUCCAGGAGCUGACAUCAGAUGCAGGAACACCGUUCGUAGCUUUGCUAAAAACAGUAUACAAAACCUACUACAACAACAACAACCUAUAGAAAGGACUCACUUAAGGACUCAAAGAGAUUUGUUGGAGAUCUUUACCUCGAUAUUGCAAAGAACUACACGACUGGUGUGAGAGUCCAGACCUGGG